AUGGACUCCAAGGACAAGAAACCUGACUCUUCAGAGACACCGCCUGACACUAUGACUCUACAUCAACUAAAGGACAUGCUAAACAAGGGAGUCGAACCAACAGAUACCGAUGAGAGAAUCGAACAAUUUGUCAGUUGGAGAAUACAAGACUACAAUGAAAACAAAUGGGAGUCCCUCUCCGACAUCUUUGCUGAGGAAUUUCGACUAUUCGCUAAGGAGGACUUUGAGGCCCUUUCCAAAGAACAACAAUAUGGCUUACGAAACUGCCUACGAAACAAUGGAGUCUAUGUUAAGAAAGGACGAGGGGUUUCAAUGGCCGAAUCAUUGGCGAAUGUAGUCCAAGAAGAAACCCCAUGGCCACUGGACGACGAGAAUCGUCCUCCACCAAAGCAUCAAUACCCUCCUCAGCAGCAGCCUUAUCAGCCUUAUCGACCGGAGAACACUGUUCCUCUCCCCCGCAACAGCCAGUUCAGCCACAGCAGCCUUGGCCCUACCAACCAAUUGUCGAGGAUACCACUCCAGUCCAUCCCCCCCCACUCCAAUUGUCGAGGAUACCACUCCAGUCCACCCUCCCCCUACCCAAGCGACGGCCCUCCACGUCAGCCUCAACUACAGUCAAUGCAGUCAAUUCAGCAACAACAGCCUGAGGAUACCACUGCGCUCCUUUCCCAAGACUUCGAGAUCAAGGAACAGGCCGUUGCAGAGGAUAUCAAGGAACAGGCCGUUGCAGAGGAGAUCAAGGAACAGGCCGUUGCAGAGGAGAUCAAGGAACAGGCCGUUGCAGAGGAUAUCAAGGAACAGGCCGUUGCAGAGGAUAUCAAGGAACAGGCCGUUGCAGAGGAUUCUUUGAAGAGCACUACGAAGAAGAGCAUUACAAGCAGCAGCCCUGUCAACACGAGCCAACUCUCUGCGGUUCUACGUCCGCGCACUAUAUCGAUCCUCAGAGAGCCUACUUUCUCGCUCAGCACCGCUCGAAUUCAGCAUACUUCAAAUCUCGCUCCACCUUUCGCCUCCCAGCAUGCUUAUUUUCUCGCUCCACUUUUCGCCUCCCAGCAUGGUCAUUUUCUCGCCUCUUGGCUCGCCUCUCCGCUCGGCUACAUUCGUGAUACGGAGAGGCGGAAGGCUAUAGGCCAAGGAUAG